CGCCAUCGCGUACCACAACCACACUACCACUUGUCUUUUCUCUACCCCGCUCGUGAAUCACCGGUUCCCGCGAUUUAUUUGUUGAUUGUUGACAUCUACUGAUCGGUUAACGGACGUAUCGACGACGAAUAUCUACCGAAUGUCGAAUCACUCGUGUUUUACACUCUCAUUUUGUUAUCGGUUUCUCGAACGGCUCCCUCGAUACGAAUCCUGUCCGCGCGUUAUCGUAUAAACUUCUCCGUCCGUCGUCCAGCUAAAAACCGCAUCCAUGUAAUCUGACUGGCAACGAGUUUCCCGGGCAACUGCGGCGUUCCUAGUCACUUGUACAACGAUUUUUGGACGCGCCUGUCCUGCUCGCACGUGAACUGUGCGUUUCCUGUCAUCACAUCCUGUAUUACAAACGAGUACAUACCAACAAUGGAUAAAUUGGAAAGAAAGAAAUCUGCUGGUUUAAAAGAAACCAAUAAUCUUUUAAACCUAGAAGCACGUUUUAUUGGAUUUGAUAUUGAUGAUGAAGUAUUGAUAAUAAUUGAAAAUAAGAAAAAAUCAUUAAAAAUGGAACUUAGUAAAGAAACAGGUGAACCUAUGGAAGUAGACGAGCCAACUGACAGUCCAUCCAUUGUUAAUAAUAAUCAUGUUAAUAAAAAGAAACAAUCUAAAUCAAGUAUAUCAUCACCAGAACCUAAUGAUGUAAAGAAUAAUCGGAGUAAUAAGAGGCAUAAGAAAGACAACACACACAGUGAUACCUUAGAAUCUUUGGAAUUACAUGUUCCGCCUUCUUUAGAACUUACUACUCCUACAUUCAACUUAACUUCUUCCAACACUAGAACGCGCCGUAGUACAGGAAGAAAAAUUAAUGUUGAUAUUACUGACGCUAUUUUUAAACUUCCAUUUGAGCAUGGAUGGAAACGAGAAUUAGUAUAUAGGACAUCAGGUGAAUCUACUGUUCUCAAUCGGGCAAAUAGAAGUGGUGAUGUAUAUUAUUAUUCUCCAAAUAACCGAAAACUACGAUCAUUACGAGAAAUUCAGGAACAGUUGGAUAUCUCAUCUGAUAAAACUUCUCUUACUAUCGACAGUUUUACUUUUUUAAAACAACCAAUUGGCAUGAAUGAUAGAUCAAAAGAACUGAUCAGAGAUGCAAAUUCUAAAUUAGCUAAGGAAGAAUCUUUUGUUGGUGUUGCUGUUCGACCAAAAAAAUCUAAAACACCUGUACAGCGCCCACCAUUUGAUUAUGAAUUGUCAGAUGAUGAAAACAAAAAAUCUGCUAGUAAAAUGAAAAUUGUUUUUAAAAAUGCAAAAACUUCCUCAAGAUCAAGAUCCAAAAAAGGGAAUUCAGAAUCAAUGAAUACAUCUUCAUCCACACCUGAAUACAUAUCUGAAGACUGGCAAGCUAUUCAAUCUAGUGUGUCACCAAAAGUUUCUCCUAAACUUGAGAAUAUUGAUAUAAAUACUACAACCAUUAAAAGACGGUUGUCAACAUCAGAUGGGGAAAUCAUCAUGCAAGCUCCUUGUGGAAUUCGGUGCCCUAAUAAUGACGAACCUGCUUCUUUAAUGUGCACUCAAUGUCUGGUCUACUAUCAUCCAGCAUGUGUCAAUAUAAAUGCUCAGUUAAAGAUUGUUGGUUAUGUAUGUUUAAACUGUCGAUCUAUUAUGCAACAAAGAAAUACACGUGUACAGUCAUCUCAUACUGUGGUUGUGGGUGCUACUGAACCAGAGCAACUACGCGUUGAACCGAUUCGUAUAAGACAAGUUCAUCAAGCUUCAGAUACGCCUAAUUUCUUUAUUGAUAGAACGCCAAUUUCUAAAAUUGAAGAACCACAUGAAAUUGAUGAAUAUAGAGAUGAAAAUGACCUUGAUAUUAUAAAUACUGUUAUAUGUCAAGGAAAUGUAUACAAAACUACAAUGGUUGAUGGCAGUUUUCACGAACAGUAUGUUUAUGAGAUGAAACAAACACGAGGGCCUAGUUUGAUGACUUGUGUUAUUCAAGAGCCCAAAAAUUUGGAUGAGAAUUCUGAAAUGAACGGUUCAUUUAAAGAAAUUACAACUACUUUUACAUCCAUGCAAUCAUUUAACUACAUGGUUAAAGCAUUGAGACACGUUUUUAAAUAUUUAAAAACACAUGAGCUUUUAUCCGCUUCUAGAGUAUGUACCGCGUGGCAUAUAAUUGCAAUGAACAAGUUUUUAUGGCAAAAUGUUCGUUUAAAAAAUUCUAUGGUCUAUGACUGGGAAAGGUUUGUAGACUCUAUUGAUCAUCAAAGAACUGAUACUUUAGAUACUAGACGAAUGUUGAUACCUAUAAAAGUUGACGAAUUCGAAAAUUUUUGGUUGCAUUUUUCCAAAGCAAUGAAAAGAGCACAGAAGUUAAAAUUCAUUGAAUUGUAUAGAUGUCCUACCCAUGUAGUUGAAGAUAUUAUUUACUCAUUACCUCAAAUUGAAGUACUUAAUGCAACUUCAAUAAAAAAUCCAAAUGUAACAAAAGAGGCGAAAAAUCCCAAUGAUUUUAUGGCCCUAAGCUUAAAUUAUUUAGGCCAAAUGACAAAGCUCACCGAGUUAAGACUAAAAGGUUUAACUGGAAUCAAAUUAACGUCAUUGCCAUCAUUUGAAAAUUUAAUAAAUUUAAAUAAAUUUUCAUUAACUUCUAUAAAAUCAUUUCCAAAAGACAUCUAUCAGAGUUUGGAUACUAUUACUGAAAACAUAGAAUUUUUGGAAAUUGGCGAUUGUGAUUGCCUAUCAAAAGAUUUUGCUGUGUCAUUAAAAAGAUUUGUCAAUUUGAAAUCGCUGAGAUUGGAAAAUUGUUGCGGUAAAUGGGACAGUUGUGCACAAGACGUUUUUACUGCUAUUAGGGGUCUUGAAAAGCUCACUAUUCUCGAAUUGGUCAACAUAGAAUUCAGUAAUUGUGUUGAAGAUGAAUUGGAAAAAUGUAUUGGUAUUAAAGCUUUACUGAUUAUUCCUGCUUAUGUGAGCCAAUCUGCAACUACCAACUGCCACUUGAUUGACUGCCUCAAGAAACUCUCCAAGACAUUAACACACUUGGUUUGGGGAUUGACUCAUGAAUUACUUCGCGUUACUGACUUAUUUAUAACUCAAUAUCAACAAAACCAGCAUAGUAUUGGUUAUAAUUUAGAAUUAUCCCAUACCAAAGAAACGACCAACAACAUACCUAUACUAAGGACAAGAAAACCAAGACAGCGACCAGGAGAAGAGUCAGCUCCCGAAAAGGACAAGGACAAAGACAAAUCAGAUAACGUUGAUAUACUUUCAGUUCCUGCUCUAGAAAAAUUGCUAGAUACUAUGAUGCCUGAUGCUAAAACUAGGGUAAUUAAGGUUCCCUUUUCAGGAACAGUUAGAGUUUAUUUGAGUGAACAGUUUAAUGAUCUUUGA